AGAAAUUUGAAGCAGCUAUUCUCUACUGCGUCAACAGCUGCUCGGAUAACACCUUUCUGGACUAGAGCAACUACGAAUCCUUCACAUUUUGUUUUUGUAGUUGCCUCUGUUUGACCCAAGAAGUUUGAAACUAGAAAAAAGUUGUUCUUAAUUUCUGUCCACUCGAGGAUUCAAAGAUGGCAUCCUCCACCACUUCAGUCACUCGCUCUGCUGCUUUCAGAGCAGCAGCCGAUUGCGAAUCAUGGUCGCGGUUGUCGUCAUUCGCAACCGUUCGUGAGUUCUGGAUACAAGAAGGCCCGAUACCACUUGAUGCGGGGGGCAACACAAUCCUCCAUUUUCUGGCCAUGUACGGAAACGCAUUCGUGAUUCAGAAACUCAUCGACGACGACAACGGCAACAACAACAGCAUAGUAAAAUGUGGAGAUCUGUUUGGGAGAAACGACAAGGGCAACACGCCGUUGCAUGAAGCUGUGAGGUUCGGUCGAAGAAAUGUGGUUGAAAUCCUUUUGCGGGAACAAGAAUCAUUGGUUCGGGCGCGCAAUUGUUUAGGGGAGACGCCUGUUUACAUUGCCGCGGCUUGUGGACACGAGGAUGUUUUCAACCAUCUAAUCGCGAAGGUCGAUUUCGAUCGCGAGAUGACCAGAAGUACCGACAGUUCCAACCUUCUUCACGCUGCGGUCACGGGAGAACAUUAUGGUCUUGCUAUGAGCAUAUUGGAGUCAUUCCCCCUGCUUGCUCAGAAUCCUGAUGAAGAAGGAAGAACUGCAUUAUAUCUAUUGGCUCAAAAAUCAAAGUCCUUCAGAAGCGGGUCAUUUUAUUCUCCACACAAUUUUAUGUCCGGCUCCCUGAUCAUUUCGGUGGACUUUCUCGCAUUUCUCACAUACUGGUUUAUUCCUUCGAUGGUGUAUCACUCGAAACAUGAAACUGAUGAUGUGGAAAAUCAGCAGCAAAAUCGAGUUAAUAUCUCAAAACUAUAAGUGUUCUGGGCAUCAAUAGUAGCAGGUUUGGUUUUGUGUUUUACCUUUUUCUAUAACAUAUACUAAUGCAAACCGUGCUAAUUUU